AUGAAACAAGAAGGUCGGCGGCAUUCUUCCGCACGCAAUCGUUUGCGUAAUGAUGAUUUCAUCGCUUUUUGGCUCACAUCCAAUCAGCAACCUGGAUAUGUGCCGGCAGCAAAUCAGCCACCGAAAGCUGUGCACUUUACUUCACGCGAUUCCAUCGCUGAGUCAUCAGAUACCUCCUCAACGGACAGCAGUUUGACUGAAAAACCGAAAUAUCUCAAUGGAGGAUAUGGUUGGGUUGUGGUUGCAUUCAGUUUUAUCCUUCAUUUCAUUGCGGACGGUCUCUCUUUCAGUUUUGGUGUGCUAUUCCCCAAAAUUCAGGAGCGUUUCGGUGCGAAGCGUUUUGGAGCCAGUUCUGUAGCAUCUUUAUUCUUAUCACUUCCUUUGCUUUUGGGACCAGUCGCCGGCUUCAUCACUGAUGUGUGCGACUGCAAAAGGACGAUUUUGAUUGGGGGAAUCAUCUGUUGCGCUGGAGCGGUAACAUCAUAUUUUUGUCAGUCAAUUUUAAUGUUCACCCUGUGCUUUGGAGGAUUGAUAGGAGUAGGGCUUUCAUUAGUCUACAAUGCUGCCAUCGUCAUUGUAACAUAUAACUUUGAAUUGAGAAGAGGAGUGGCUACAGCUCUAGCUGUUUCUGGUACUGGUGUCGGAACCAUAAUAUUCCCAUUAUUUCUGAAAUAUUUUGUACCCGAAACUGGUACUGACAUAGGUCCAGCAAUCAUAGCAAUUUCUGUGGUUCUCUCUAUCAUUAUCCUUAUCGGACUUGUUGUUAGAGAUGUAGAAUGGCAGAGUGAUACACCAGAGUACAAGAUGAAAGUGUUUCACAAAAGACUGAAGAAGUUGCGGGAAGAUGAGGAGAGCAUGAAAAAUCAAGAAUGCGGUCGAAUGAUGAAAGUGUUUCACAAAAGACUGAAGAAGUUGCGGGAAGAUGAAGAGAGCAUGAAAAAUCAAGAAUGCGGUCGAAUGUUUCAAGAUGUGGAACCUCGUCGCGCCUGCUCUCUGCCAUCGAUGCCGUCUUACUUUAGACCAUUUAUGAAUAAGCUAGAUUUUAACGUAGAGGAAGUCAAAGAUGCCGUGACCGCUCUUCAAGACCAUCCAACGCGGUCACGAUCUGUAGGAACAUUUAUGAACAGACCGCGAACGGUAGAUUUGCCACCAGCUCCUGAAUUCUCCAUGCUUGGUGGACAACUCAAACAUCUCGAGCACUUGAAUUUACAUCUAGACAAUUCACCCUGUACCACUGUUCAUUGCAAACCGAAAAGUAGAAUGCCUAAUAAAACUGCCAGAAGCAUGGAUGCUAUUGAUAACAUCGAACAUGACAGCGAAUAUCCACUGAUGAAAAUGUCAGUCGGCAAUGGAACUAGUAGCGAGGAGCCUUUGGAAAAUGAAGAGAGCAGCGAGUCAGAUUCUGAAAUGUCAAACGAUGGGGAUUCCUCGAGUUCAGAACUGUCAGAUACGUGUCUCAACAAAACCAAAGUGAACAAUAUUAUCAACGCCACCAGUAACAAUAACAACACUAAGCUUGUUGUGAAUGGGCUUCCAAAGUUGGAACUCAACAUUACAGAACCAUCGCUUCCAAUGUCAGCUCGUCUUUUACGGACCUCUUUGGCCCCAGGUAUGACGGGAAAUCGUAUACCUGCCGGAAAUGCGGUAGCCAGGUACCGUGGUCCAUCCAAUCUGAUUGCUUACCAGGGCAAGAUACCAUCAGCCCCUACUCUAGCGGUGCGCAAAAAAAGAAAAAAUCUCCUUGCAAAGCUGCACCUCAGAGAGAUUGGCAAAGGUUUUCACGAGGAGAUGGUCCUCUAUCGUCUUCUUGUAAGCGAAUCUUCUUUCGUUCUGUUCCUGAUGAGCGUAACGAGUCUGUAUUUCGUGCUGGAUGUUCCAUAUGUUUUCUUCUAUGACUACGCUGUUGACAAUUUACAUAUUGAAGAAACAUCUGCAGCAUGGCUCACUUCUAUUAUUGGAGUGGCUAAUCUCCUAUCAACAUGGAUUUGUGGAGUGAUAUCGGACGCUGAUUGUGUCAAAUCGCGUUUGUUUACUGUUUACGGGAUUGCAAUGUGUGGUCUAACUGCGUGUAUGUGGAUAGUAACGAUGGUCUCUGAUACGCUAGGAAUGGCGUUGAUUUGUGCGUGUUUCGGCUUCUUUAUCUCGUCAAACUAUGUGCUUCAAUCAGUUAUGCUCACAACUAUGUGGGAGGAUAUGCGAAACUUUCAAAGUUCAUAUGCUUUAACUUCAUUUUGCGAAGGAAUAGCUACAUUGUUUGGACCUCCAGUUAUCGGUUGCAACAAGGCUGGCAAGAGGAUUACCGAUACUCGCAAUCCAGGUCUAACCAUUCAUACACCAGUCACAAUUCGCUACGUACGUGAUCGCACUGGUUCUUACCAGUCAGUUUUCAUCGUAUCUGGUUUCCUGUGCCUCUCAAGUGCAAUCCUUUCGUUUGUUGUGCAAGUGAUCCUCAACAAAAGGAACGGGAAAACGCGUCUGUUAUGA